AUGACAAGGAAAAAGGUUGUGUUGGCAAGAAUUGCCAAUGACAAUAAGAGAAAAUCCACACUUAAGAAGAGGACAACUGGGUUGUUCAAAAAGGCAGAAGAGCUUUCUGUCUUAUGUGGUGUGGAAACAGGUGUAUCUAUUUUUAACCACAGUGAGAAUGAGACAAAGUCAUGGCCAUCUGAUGAAGCCAUGGGAGAAACCUUCAGAAGGUUUGAUGGCAUACCAGAGAUGGAAAGGAACAAGAAGAUGGUGACCCUUGAAGGCUAUCUAGCUGAAAAGGUAACCAAAUCCCAGGAGAAAAUAAACAGGAUUGAGAAGGAAAACAAUGACAAAGAAAUGCAACAUGUCAUGAACCAGCUCAUUAAGGGUAAGACCUUGCAUGAGCUUGACAUGAGAGAGUUAAAGGGUAUGCUUGCAUUUGCAGCUGAGCAGAUGAGCAAGCUUGAGAAAAGGUCUGAGAAUUUGCAGAAGCAAGAAGCUGAUACUGCUGGUGGUAGUAGUGGUGCUGGUAGUAGUAGUGGUGCUGCACCACCACCACCGCCUCUUCCUCUUCCUCUUCUUUUUCCUCCUCCUCCGUCUUCUUCCUCUUCUCAGCCAGCACCAUAUCCUCCUCCUUACUUUCAGCUUCCACCACUUCCUCCUCACUACUCUAAUGUCCCACCACCUCAACCAUACUUCCAUCCCCAACCUUCUCAUCCUAAUCCUUAUCUCCCAGCAAUACCACCUGUUCCUCACUUUGCACCAAUGGAGGAGGCAAAUUCAGCUCCACCACCGCCUCCUGAUCCUUUCACUCAAUUUGCAGCACUGGGUGAAACCAGCCAAUCUGCUCUGCCACCACCACCAACGUUUCCUCCUCCUCCUCCUCAAUUUCCAACACUGAAUGAACCAGUCCAAGCUCAAGGCAGUGGUGUAAACAUUGCUAACAUUCCAACAUCCAUGCAGCAUUUUGCUAAUGACAACUGGUUCAUGGAGACAAUGUUUCAGCACCAAAAUCUUCCUGGUCCUAGUGGAGUGAGUGACAUGGGACAGCCAUCAGAGUUUGCUACAGACACCAGUGGUACUAAGAAAAAUGAAGAUCAAGACCCAGACCCUAAUGACCCCAGUCAAUCAUGGCCUAAAUUUUUCUUCCCUUGA